AAUCGUUCCAGUCAUUGAGUCAAGGAAGACCAGGGAUUCCAGCUUCUCAGAUGAGAGGACCUGCUGCUUUUAUCACAGUAAACUUUCUUCAGCUCUGCACAGUGCUGAAAACUGAAACAGAACAAACGGAAAGGCAUUUUCGGUACUUUUCGGGGCGACACCGGAAAUUCCCGAUCAUAUUGCGAAGCCUCUUCCUGUUGUGAGUCCAGGGGCUUCUCCGCCGCGGACUGUCCUUUCAAAAAGCCGAAAAAAGACCCCAACGUUCAGGCGAGCUGCCCUCAGUUGGCUGCUAUGACACCGGACCUGGGACGAUUGUAGAGUUGAGACCAGGUGUCUAACAGUGCCACGGGAGGCCAUGGAUGAGCCGUUAGCAGCCAGCCUCUGUUCCUCUGAGCCGGACAGUCCCGGAGGUGUGAACCGAGCCAGCCUCCUCGACCCCGCGGACGUCCUGUACCAUGAUCUGUCCAUCAUCGUCCCAGAAACACCCAGUCCUCAGCUUGGCAAACGGAGGAGACGUGGUCGAAUCACGGAGGAUCAUUUUAGCCCUGUGGCGGUUGCGGGUUCACCGAGACGACCUGAACAGCCUGCCAGUGGUGAACAAGGUAUUUCAUGUAAAUCCAAACGCAGGCGGCUGGCGGCAGCUAUGGGAGAGCAGAGCGUCGGCUUCGUUCCUGCUUCUUCUCUGAAGGCUUUUCCUCUGGACCGCUGGCUGGAGGCCCCGCUGUCAACUGCAUGCUCCUCCUCCUCGUCUUCCUCCUCCUCUUCCUCCUACCUCACUCCAGUAUCAGAGGACGAUGUAGAAGAGGUGGGUUUGAGUGUGCUGGGCUCCAUAGUAGAAGCCAGUCCUGCUUGUCUUGGCCAGAGGAGGCGGCAAGGUCCGACGAUGGUUUCAGCUUCAACCUCCCCACCACUACGCCCCCCCGACUCCGAAUCUCUGUCCUUUCUGACAGCAGAGGAGAGAAGAUGGCUGAACGGCGAAGGAGGAAACGCCUCAGCAGCAGCGGAGCAGAUCGUCAUCAGUGACGAUGAGGAAGCCGUGGUUCGCUCGGCACAGAUGGAGGAAGACGAGGCGUUGGCCCGGAGCCUGCAGGCCCAGUUUGACCACGAGGGGGCAGAGUCCCACAGCAGACACCAGCACCACUACCAUCAUUAUCUUCAUCAGCAUCAUCUUCAUCAGCAGAGCCACCACAGGCAUUAUCCCUACAUGGAGCCCAGCUGGAUGUCUCGUGUUCUGGCCGCAGUCUCUCCUCCGGCUGGCUUCGAGGACGAUCUGAUUGGUCAACGCAGAAGACGUGGGCGGACCCGGAGGAGGAACGCCAUGCCCGACUUCUCAGAGGACCUCCAGGGUAACGACUACGAGGCUCUUCUGGAGUUCGAGGAACGUCAAGGCGCCGUCGUGUCCAAGAAGUUGACUCGGAGGGAAAUCCAGAGGUUUCCCACCAAAACCUUCCAGUCUGCCAACAGCGCCGGGAACACCCAGUGUCAGAUCUGUUUCUGUGACUACACUGACGGGGAGAAGCUGAGGAUGUUGCCGUGUUUCCAUGACUACCACGUCCAGUGCAUUGACCGAUGGUUAAAGGAUAACACCACCUGUCCCAUCUGCAGAGCUAACCUGGCCGAUGGUGACUCCCUCGCCCCCCCGGUCCCCGACCCCUGACCCCUGACCUCCAGACGGCGUUUCCACUGUUUUCUACCAGGAGCUGACGGGUCCGUGGUCUCUUCCUGCCAGUAUUGAGUUACUUGAAGACUCGAGUCUUCCUGUGGUUUGCGUCUGAUGAAGGACGACUCAUCAACUCGUCGUUUUUUUAUACUUUUAUUUAAAUGUUUUCUCUCGGUGCUGAGUUAAAUCUACAGGAAUAAAACAAUAAAACCUCGAAGCUGCUGCUGAUUUCUGUUCUGUCCUGACAGGACACUCAUUCCAGUCUGGUAUUUAAUGAUCCUGAAAUAAAGGCAAAGAUGUUUUUUCUCUCA